GUUUAUGAGAGGUGCAUUCUGUGCAUUAUGAAUUUGGCUGAAGCCAAGGCUGAAGCGAAUUUCCUUCCAUUUUUGAUGAGUUAAUGAUCAAAUGGCAACCUUAAGUUCAUCUAGUUUCUCUGCAGAACCAGUUUUGUCAAUAGUUUGGGGCUGCCAAGAAAUAAAUCAGUCUGUGUUUGACCGUUGGAAUCAAGGUUUUGUGUUUAGCACAGAUGAGCCGUUUGCCUUGGUGCAGUACGAAGGUGGACCAUGCAGUAUUAUCGCACCAAUACAGGCUCACAUCUUCAAGAACAUGUACAAAGAUUUUGGUGACUCCUGGCAAAAGGUGACGGCUGGGGAGGCGGACGAGCUGCUGGCCGUGUCACUGGCCGAGAUCCUGUGCCGCUGCGCCGGAGAGGGCGGCAGCGCGCGCCUGGUGGUACCCGAGUCCGACCCGCCCUCGGAGGGUGCCGAGGACGGCGCGCAGGACGGCCCCGGGUGCCGGCACUCCCCCGGGCGGGAGGCCAGUCCCGGGGAGGGCGGCCGGUCGCCGGAGGAACGCCCGGCCGGACUGCCCUCCAAGCGGCGGCGGAUUGAGCCCGCCGGCUUCCACUCCACACUCCGGCUCCUCGAGUUGAGUACUGAGGCGGAGGUGGCGGAUUUUUUCCGGAAGAACCUGCCCUCGUACCGGGCGGAGAGCGGCGUCCUGGCGUUCCUCUACUCUCUCAUACAGACCAAGGGCGCGGGCCGGCUGCGCCGUGAGAUGGGCGACUCGGAGGAGGCCCUGGUCGACCCCGUGCACGGCCACGGCUCGCAGAGUCUCACCAACCUGCUGGUCACAGGCCGCGCCGUGGCGCACGUCUGGGACAACGUCAAGUACGUCGGUGGCAUCGCGCUGGAGGGGGUUGUCUCCCAGCCCAGUGUGGGCUUUCUGACGCUGCUGGAGCGGCUGCACUACUGUACCGUCGGCUGGAACCUCAAGAACCCGCGCUACCCCGUCUGGGUACUGGCCUCCGAGACACACCUCACAGUGCUGUUUUCUCCGGACGGCCGCCUGACGGCGCCACCGUCGGCCCGCCAGGUGGCGCAGCGGUCGUUUGACGCGCUGGAUAAGGAUCAGGCUGGCUUCCUGCCCACCUCGCAGCUGCCCGAGCUGAUGGCCGCCUGCGAUCUGGUAGCCGAGGAGGAAUACGUGGACCUGAUGCGGCGGCAGCUGGACCCCGACCAGCUGGGUAUCGUGCUCAAGGUGCCCUUCCUGGACGAGUUCUUCCCGGAGACGGCUGACGGCAGGCCGCCCGACUCCUUCACUGUCUACCACUACAACGGCCUGACGCGCAGUAACCCCGGCGGAAAGGUGCGACUGGUGAAGGGGGACGCCUGUCUUCUGGAGACGGACGUCCAGAGCUCCACGGCCAACAGCACCAUCCUCACCUGCCUGCAGAGCCGCUGGCCGCGCAUCGACGUCCGAUGGCACGGCGCGGCGCCCUCCAUCAACUGACGGCCGGCCCGGCCCGCCGCCGGCGACCGGCACCGCUCUCAGGGCUCCCACCGCCACCUAGUGGCAGCGGUCUAGUGAAUGGUUCGCCUGGCGGCCGCCGGGCGGCGCUGGUGUCGCGAUCGCAGCCGCUGAGCCUCGUCACGUCUGUGAUUGCCGAUCUGUGUUGAGCUCUUUGUUGCACCACUUGCCAGGGGAUCGGGUAGGGAGGGGGGGGGGACGGUCGGACCACACAUCAUUGCAAAUGUGACGUGAAUUUUGCCGUAUAGUUGUUAUGCAUAGCAGUGAUUUUCUGCGAGUAUUCGUGGAGAGUAUUCGACAGCGCUAUCCAUUGUGCGAUGCGUUGCGUAAUCGGUGCGAAGUGUCGGCGAUUCUGCUGAUCCGGCGGGCGGUGUACCUGAUCUGGUAUGUCUCUCUAUCUCUCUGUGCUCCCGGCUUACUGGUUCAGUCCUAUUCAGCGAGCUGCGAGUCUGUUACACCAAUGUUGCACUGUGUCUACACGUAGUCAGACUUUGAAUAAUAUUGUCGCUUGAGAA